ACAAAAGCAGAGAGAGCAAUACGACCAAAGACUUUGAAGGUUAUGUCAUAACCCUUUUAAAGUGUUUGUCUCCUUACCUCUCGAUCUCCCAGUCUCAAGACCUCAAACCUAGCAAAUCCAGAAGACUCUGCAGCUUGUUAGAUCUCUCUCUCUCUCUCUGUCUUUCCCCCUUAAGGGAAAGCUGAGGUCUCUCAUUUGGGUUUGAAUUAUUUCUUUUGAAAUCAUCUGAGAGUUUUGUGUGUGUUUGGUUGGGAGGAAAGAGAAAUCAAAUGCCGGAGGAAGAUUUGGUAGAGCUUAAAUUCCGGUUAUAUGACGGUUCAGAUGUUGGUCCGUUUCACUACUCUCCAACCGCCACCGUAGGAAUGCUCAAAGAGAGACUCGUCUCUGAAUGGCCUAAAGACAAGAAGAUUGUUCCAAAAGGAGCUAGUGACAUUAAGUUGAUAAAUGCUGGUAAGAUUUUGGAGAAUGGUAAAACUGUUGCGCAGUGUAAAGCUCCAUUUGAUGAUCUCCCUAAAUCCGUCAUUACAAUGCACGUUGUCGUGCAACCGUCUCCAACAAAAACAAGACCAGAGAAGAAAAUUGAAGAGGAAGAAGAAGCUCAACAAAGAAGCUUUUGCUCAUGUACCAUAAUGUGAGAAAAUAAGUCCCAAACCUCAAAUCUGAAAGAGAAGGCUUUAAAAGCGUAUUUGAAGUCUUAUUUCAUUGUGGUUUUUUUGCCAGAAGACCCUAAAACAUAAAUUACCGUUUUCACGCUUCAUACUUUGUAUUCAUCAGAAGUUCAAAGAAAGCUUUCAUCAUUGGCGUCUAUUGAAGUAUUUUUUUCUCUUGCACUGUGAUGAGUACUCUUGUUUGGAGAAACAUUAAUAUAAAGAGUAGAAUUGUUUUUUGUUUCCAAGAAUUCUAUAGUAUAUCAGCUCUGUUCAUCUCUA